AUGAGCUUCGAUGCCUUGUAUAAGCAAGCCGAAGCACACUCGAACACACGAUCGCUCAAGCAUCUUAUCGACAUGUACAUGAACCAGCUUGAGCGCGACAGCUCCGAACGCAUCAGAAAAGGCUGGGCCUGUCUUUGCGCUUGUAAAGACCCAGAGUAUCGUUUCUCAGCAUGGCGUUGCGACUUCAAUCCCCAGGACUCCCGCCUCUGCGGUACUGUGCGCCAUCGUGGCCAGCUAUGCGUGCGAUGCUACCGCAAAGCACAAGAGCAGGCCUCCCCAUGGCUUGUCGAAUUUGACGGCGACCGAUUUGGGUUUCCAUGCGUGUUUGAAGACCUACGACUAAGAAGGCCCGUUGACAGCAAUUGGAAGAUCGGACCUAAGAACCAGCAUGGCGAGCCCGAUCCAAGCUGGGAAAAGGACCCAAGGAGAGACGGACGCUGCGAAAGAACGAGGUUCAAAAACCAGCUUUGCCAAAGAUGUUUUAAUCGCAUGUGCGAGAUUCGUGGGUUCGGCCGGUACUUCGAUACGGAGUGGGGCAUACUCCGUGGCAACUACGGUGUAUGA